UGCUGGGAGGCGCGCUGGACGUAUUGCUGGCGCCCAUAGUUUGGCACUGCAUGCGCUUGGCCGCCUGGUCCGCUCCGCCAGAGAGGCUGCGAUUGGUGGCCAGCUGCCACCAGGUGCUGGAGCUGCGGAACGCCCGCGUCAGGUCCGUGGGUCGGAUCACCGGGCCUCUCUGGACUGACCCGAGGAGCCUGGAGUCAGGGGAGGAGCGCGCAGCUCUGCAGUCUGCAACUGAGGUGCUCUCCCAGGGGGUGAGCAAUGGGCUGUUACGCCAGAUCCUAGACACCUUCACGGAUACUCAAAGCCCUCUUCAAAGGCUUGUCCAGGCUGCCUUGGUGACUCCCCCAGUCACCUCCUCGUGCAACCGCAAGGUCUUGUCAAAGAGCCUCCAGCUUUUCCUUGCUGCGUUCCAUGACCAGGCCAAGCAGAUGCUGCGUGUGGCUCACUUGGUCUUGGUUUGCUGCCCUCAGCAACAAACUGGCAAAGACAUGGAGGUCACCAUGGCCAGCCUUUGGGGGCUUGUGGUCAGAGUACAACGGCUUUUCUCACAAAGUCCCCAAGAGUUUAGUGUGGACUGGAGUCCUGCUACUCUGCAGGCCCUGCUCCAGGCCUGGGCCAGGGUCUCUGAAAGCCUAUUAGCAAGUUUUGACGAUGUUCUCAAUAUUCCUGAGUUUCUGAGUCUGUCCGUUCAGGAAAUGACUAAGCACUUGGAGGUUUUUGCACGGACUUUGGGAAGUAGAGAUGUCAGAGAGCUUUCCACACAUGUAGUGUAUCUACAGGGCCGAGCUGCACACAUAGUGCAGGUAAUGAACAGGUACGUAGGCCAGCACCGAGAUCCCAUUUUCCGAAACGGCCUAAGAGUCUUGAUCCAGCAGCUGGAGCGGUCUUCCCUUGUCCUGGGUGCAGUCGCUGAGUCCUCUUCAGGUGGUCACAACUCUCAGGACACGGAUGCAUUUUUAACUGUGGCAAAACAGCUGGUCUAUUCAGCUCAGAGCAUCCAAGAGGGACUGGAUGGGACUAACCACCCAGAUAUCCUCAGUCCCCUUCGGGACCUAGUCCAAAGAUUUGAUAUUGCUACAGGAAAGCCUUAUUUUUUCCUCUCCAGCCUGCAGGAUUCCACAAUUCAUGAAUUAAAACAUCAGAGGGGGACUGCACUGGGGAAACAUCACCCAGAAACUUCAUAUCCACCAAGGGAGUAUGUCUUCUGCCCCUUGACUUCUGACACUCAGCCACAGACGAGAGAUUCUCCCGUUCCUGGCAGGAGCAAAUUCAUCCUUGCUUUAGAGAGCUACUGCCAGCAGGCAGUGACCACAACUUGCCCUGACCUGCGGAAGCAAGAUGCAGCUCUAGAUACGGCUCAAGAGGUCUUGGCUGCAAAAGGAGCCCUAGCUUCAGAGAGGGUGACUAAACUCCAAGCUCUCCCAAGGCCAGCAACUUCUACUAUUGAUGUAGGACUAGAGAUAGUACAUUGCACAACAACUCAAACUGAUAGCCUUCGGGAAGUGGCUCUCCAGCUGCCUGGGACAACCAGGGAAACCAGGCAGUCUUUGGUAGCUGUAGCUGGUGACUGGUACCCUCUGUGUCAACAACUAUUUUGGCAAAGUCCAGACAGUGGUCUUCCAGGGAACAAAACAGUUUUCAUGGAGCUUCAGCAGAAUUUAGUCUCAUUAGUUCAACUAGCAACCAAAACUGGGCCCACAGAUUUGAGUAAGGAUGACCCUGACUCUACUGAAGACCCAGAAGUACUUUUACAAAUGCAAAACCUAUUAAAGGAGGCAGAGAUCCAUGCUAAACAACUGAUGGACAAGGCUCUGGCCUUUGAUGACCUCCAUGCCCCUAAGUUGUGGGAUGAUAGCUUUGAGGACAGGUGCCUUCUAUGGUCAGUGGCUGUCCAAGACCUGCUUCAGUGCCUGGGGAGGCUCAGUAGGAGACAAGGCCUGUUCCUACUGCCCCUGCGACAGGCCAUAAAGAACCAGCAGGGGAUGCAGGAAGGGUUGGCUCAGGCAGCGGAUGUUUCUCAGAGGCUACAAGAGGCUGCCAGGCUGUCUAGCUUACUGUGUGGAGAUAAGCAGGUGAAGGGUGCGGUGUCCUUUCUGUGCAAGGAGGUUCAUGUACUCACAGAGGCUCUGCUGGAUGUGGCGCAGAUCCUGGCCUCUUCCCCUACACCGUCUCCCAGCCUGUCUACCCGCUUUGAACUUCUCAGCUUGGAACUCACCCUUCGAGUCAAGGCCCUGACUGGCUACAUCAGCAGCAUCAAUGCAGACUAUGCACAUGCCCUCCAAGAUGCUCUCCGCCCAAGUCUCUCUCUCUGCAAAGAUGCACAGACUGGGCAGGAAAAUUCCCUGGAAAAAAUGGUAUCUGGUAUUCAAGCUGUGCAGGGAAUCGUGGCAGGAGGUCAGGCGUCUGGGGCCGGCCAGGAAGACAUUCUUGUGGCCCUGGAAAGCAUCCUCAGGCUCACCCAGGAGGUGGCCCAAAGGCUCCCUGUGCUUCAGCAACAUCCAGAGGCAUGGAGAAUGCACGUUCUUCAGUGGGAGUGGGCAGCCAAGGCUCACUAUGCUGUAGCCCAGCUCCAGGCCUGGAAUGGUGGGCACACUAAGGCGUGGAGACACCUGGUCCAGUGCUUGAAGCCCAGUGAUGAGCUGACGGCAGCGUCUUUAGUACACAGCCAUCCCCAGGCCCAGGUCCAACAUGGGGCCUAUAUAUCAGGAGCCGGAGGGGCAAGUAGUGCGCAUUCUUGGGUUGUGACCCCAACAGGUGCCCCAGGAUGCUCAGUGGGGAACUACUCAGCCGAUCCAGUCAUCACCAAGACAAAUGCAGCAGACCUGGACACGCAGCAGCACUGUGUCCUUCCCAGCUCCCUCGGCUCUGUGGCCUGGCUGCACACCAAGCUGGACCAGCCUCUCCCAGAGGGUGACAGUGUGGACGGUGGGAACAGAAUCGCCCAAAUUACCCAGGAGAUGGCCAAGGAGGUGCUCCUGAUGGCUCAGAGUUUGAGGAGAAGAGGACGCAUCCUGACCAAAGAUCAGCUCAUUGCCUCUGCUAAGAGAGUUGCAACUUCUGGCCAAAACUUCUCUAAACUUAUUUGCAUCAUUGCCAAGAAUUGCAUAGAUCAGAGAUGUUCCCAGGAGCUUUUGUGUGUGGUAGAGCAGAUUCAAACAAUGAGCAACCAACUCCGAAUCAUCUCCAGUGUAAAAGCCUCCCUCGCAAGAAGCAAGUCCUCUGAAGAGCUCCUGGUGGGAAACGCACAGCAACUCCUCAGGGCCGUGGCCAAGACUGUGAGGGCUGCAGAGGCUGCCAGUCUCCGGGGAUUGAGACAACCUUCCCCAGAUCCAGAGGAAUUAGAAGUUGCUGCCUUCUGCAGGCAGUGGAGAAGAAACCUGCUAAGGCACAGACUUCAAGAAAUCUCAAAUCUUGACUAUGAUGAGCUAGGCCUGCGAAAAACAAGCAAGAAAGAACCCCCAACUCUUGCAGCCCUGGUGCAAGAAGCUUUGUAAGAGUUGAGAAAUAGUCUUGAAGUCAAACUGCUGAUAUGUGUCUUGCCCUGCCACAGGGCAUCCCAGAGUAGGAAGUACCUCCUAGGCAGAAUCGGUCUGUAUCACAGGGGGUUGGGUGAUUAGGUGGGUGAGGAGUGACCACGACUGGGCCUUUUGCAGAGCUAUCUCUACAGCAUCCCAAUUAGGGGGCUUCCCUAAGCUCCUGGGGAGGAUACUUCCAUUCAUUUCUUUCAUUCAACAUAACUGAGAUUCAUCCACACUGCUAUGUAUAUCAGUGACUCAGUCUUUUUCAUUGCCUAGUAGUAUUUCAUCAUAUGGUUAUAGGACAAUGUGUUAUUCACUCACCUAUUGAUAGACUUUUGAGUUGCUUACACAUUUGAACUGAAACAAAUCUACUAUGAACAAACCUACUAUGAACACCUUGUACAGACAAAUGCUUUCAUUUCUUCAGGAAGCUAUCCAAGAGUGUAAAGGCUAGGUGGGAGUGUAAGUGAAUGUUUUGUUUUGAAAGGAACUCCAAAAUUAUUUGUGGACCUUUCUUUCCAUUUAAUAUCCUCCAGUGGAAUAUGAGCGUUCCAGAUUCUCCAUGUCCUCAACACUUGGCUAGGCCAGUCUUUGUUGUGUUAGUCGUCAUAUCACACUGCAGCUUUAACUAGCAUCGUCUGAAAGAUGAGUGAUAUUGGCAGCUACUCAAGUAUUUAUUUGCCAUCCAUAUAACAUGCCUCGCUGGGGUAUUUUUUCAAACUCGUUAUCUAGUCUUUUUUUCUGUUUUUCUUGUCAUUGCAUUUGGACAGUUCUUUAUAUAAAAUUUUUCCACCUGUGUCAGUUCUGGGUUGGUUUCAAUCAACUCAUUUGUCUCUUCAUCAUGAGCCAUCACUUUGCUUCCCUGCAGGCCUGGUAAUUGUCGAUAGUGUAGCAGAUGUUUGAUUUUGCUUUCUUGUGUACGGCUAUUUCUGUGUGCUUAUAAUUAUGGAAUUUAUUCUGAGAAGUAACUACAUGACUUGGAAAUAGUUUACUAUUUUCUGUCUUGCUUUUAAGAUUGAUUAAAUGCGACUAGGAUAGAGUUCAGCCUAAGGUGAAGUAGUCCCCACUUCUUAGACGAGGCUUUUGCACACACGACCUAUUAAUACCUUGAGAAUCGUGAGGUUUUCCCUUCUCUCUGGUGGGAAGAGGUGCUAUCUUUGACUCUUUGUUAGCACCAGCCACUAAUACCUCUACUUCUUCCAGAUGGUUCUUUCUCCACCUUCUUGUAACUUCUGCACACAUAUGCUUUCAGUCCUGCUCUCUCAAAACUCCAGGCGAUCCGGGGUUCUCUUUCUGUGCAGCUUUCCUCUCCAGUGCUCUGUCCUAUAGACCUUCACUGCCUUGACUUCCCUGGUCUUUCCUCUCUGCCAGGCUCCUCUGAGUUCCUUCUCUGCGCAAUGUUUUUGCUUCUUUGUGUGCCUGAUAAUCCUGGAUUGGAUGCCAGCCACUGUGAAUUUUGAGCUGGUAUGUGCUGGGAAGUUUUGUACCCCUAUAAAUAUUCUUGAACUCCAUUCUGGGAUAUAGUUGACUUAUCUAGAAAUAGUUUGAUCUGUUCAAAUUUUGUUUUAAAAACACUUUUGGGGUAGGUGUUAGGAUCUGAGAAGCAUUUCAUCUAGGACUUUUUUUUGUCUUACUACUGAGACAGUACUUUUAGGAAUUCUCUACCCAGGGUCUCAUUACAAGGUUUGUCCACUCUGGAUGGUGGAACACAGCCCUUGUGAACUCUAACUCUUUCAGGCAGCUUCAUCCUGCACAUGCAUGGGGCAGUCCUUACUUGGGACUUUGCAGCUCUCCAGACGUUACUCUUUCUGCACCUCUACCUUCUCACACUCAGCUCUGCAAACUCCACUAUCUCGUGCUUCAUGGACACCCCACUCUGUCUCCUUGACCCUGGGCAACUGCUGGUUUAUGCCUGUGUUCCCCCUCCUUGCUCCGCAGCUUGGAAAGCCUCCAGGAGUCAGCCAUUCAGUUUCAGAGCUCAUCUUUUAUGCUUCCUUUUUCUCAAGGAUCACUGUCGUGCUGUCUGAUGCCCAAUGUCUGAAGACCACUGUUUUGUCGAUUUUGUCCAUUUGUAUCUCAUGGUCAUAUGGUAGGAGGUGGCUAUAGAGACCGAGUCCUUGUCUAGGCCAGCAGCAGAAGGUCUCCCUCUGUCUCAACUGUCUGUCCCUGGCAUAUGUCUGAGUCCAUGUUUUCAAGUCAAAUCCCCUGGGUCUCCUUCUGUCCCAGCUAAGUUCCUACAAAUAAUCAUUUGUCAUUGCUGUUUUCUCUCCUUAUCAUCCAGUUCUCAAAAAUAUCUUAGUUUUCCAUUUUUUCUUAUUUUUCAGGUCUAAAGCACUCUUCUCAGUCUCUAUUACCUGAUUAUCAGAUAGUCAGGUAAAAGCAACCAAUAAGCAACUAGAACCAUCUUGAGCAAGUCAAAUUAAACCCUGGUUCAUCUUCUCUGUCAUCUUCUGUCAGUACAACAUAUAUAUGUGCAGAUGCAACACACACACACACACACUUAAACAAGAAAUGGCCCCCAAAAUACACAUUUCUAAUUUUGAAUUUGAAAGAAGAAAUUUCAUCAUUGUAAGUAAGUGGGUUAUUUGACCAAGGAGACAAACUCCAUAGAUGGGUCUUGACAUAAUGCUAAUAAUUUAAAAAUUUCCAAAUUAGUCUUAGAACAGAAAGCAAAAUAAAGGCAAAAUAAAGGCAAAAGCCAUGCUGUCUCACCGCUUCCUAGAUCAACUUAUAUAUCCCAGUUAAAUUUAUAAAGUUCAUCAAAUAAAAUCACAGGGCAACCUGUAUUCUGAAUUUUCCUCUGGAACUCACUAUGCUUGUGUGGCUUAGCCUAUGUCACCCUCUUCUCUUCUGUGUAUAUUAAAAACUGCAUAAGCAAUGCAUUGCCAGAUUUUCAGUGUCUGCUUCCUGAAAGUGAAUGGCAGUGCCAAAACUGCCAACACCACUUCCCAGAAUAUUGAAGGAGAUGCCUCGGGAAAGCCUGGAGUCUGUGUAAGAAUUGCACAGACAUCUGGUGGUCUCUGAGCCAGUGUUGCGUGGGGAUAGUAGGCAAGACCUCAGAACAAACACCUUUCUUGCACAGUCAGCUGUCAUGAGCUGUGGAGAAACAGAACUCUAGAUGUUUGACAGGAAGUAGGCUGCUUUUCAGUGAAUGUCUGUUGAGCAGCAGAUCUUAGUUCAUACACCUCAGAUGUGGAAAGGAUUGUGUUUGGUACAACUGGUUGGCCUUCCUCCUCAGCUUGCA